AUGGCGUACGCGGAGUGCCGCGCACAGCUGGCGGGCCGGCGCUGGAACUGCUCCGGCGUGGGCGACGACCCGCGCCUCGGGCACGUGCUGCCGCUGGCGACGCGCGAGGCGGCGUUCACAUACGCGAUCACCGCGGCGGGCGUGACGCACGCGCUCAGCGAGUCCUGCGCGCGCGGCGACCUGCCCGCCUGCGCCUGCGCCGCCAACAGGAGACGGUUCUCGGGCGCAGCUGAACAGUUCGAGUACGGCGGCUGCGGCGAGGCGUCGUUCAGCGCGCGGUUCGCGCGGCGCUUCCUCGACGCGCGCGAGCUCGAGGCCGACGCGCGCGCCGCCAUGAACCUGCACAACAACCGCGUCGGCAGGAAGCGCUCUAAUGUUGUGAUUGUUGCAGCGACGCGCGAGGCGGCGUUCACAUACGCGAUCACCGCGGCUGGCGUGACGCACGCGCUCAGCGAGGCGUGCGCGCGCGGCGACCUGCCCGCCUGCGCAUGCGCCGCCAACAGGAGACGGUUCUCGGGCGCAGCCGAGCAGUUUGAAUACGGAGGCUGCGGCGAGGCGUCGUUCGGCGCGCGGUUCGCGCGGCGCUUCCUCGACGCGCGCGAGCUCGAGGCCGACGCGCGCGCCGCCAUGAACCUGCACAACAACCGCGUCGGCAGGAAGGUGGUGAAGGAAAUGGUGCGGCGCGAGUGCAAAUGCCACGGCGUGUCGGGCUCAUGCGCCGUCCGCACGUGCUGGCGCGCGUUGCCGCCCUUCGCCGCCGUGGGCGCCGCCCUGCGCGACAAGCUGCGGCGCGCCAAGCACGUGGUAGCUGAGGAGUAUGACCUGCGGGGUCUGCACGCGAGAGCUGUGGCGCUGAGGCACCCGAGGCUGGUUGUACGAAGGACCGGCAAGCCGCCGCGCAAGUCGGAGCUGGUGUUCCUGGCGAAGUCGCCGCAGUACUGCGAGCCCGACGCCGCCGCCGCCGCGCCCGGCACGCACGGCCGCCACUGCAACCGCACCUCCAAGGGCGAGGACGGCUGCGACCUGCUGUGCUGCGGGCGCGGCUACAGCACGGUGACGCUGGUGCGCGAGGCCAAGUGCCGCUGCCAGUUCCACUGGUGCUGCUCCGUCUCCUGCGACUCCUGCGUCACGCGCACCGACACGCACGUCUGCAACUGACCACACACACCUUGAUGACGAUGAUGAGUUAUCCGACCUAUUUAGGAUUUCGGCCAUGGCGACCGUUGCGACUCCUGUCUUA